GUCAGUCAAAUCGGGGCAGCAGACUCACCCAUCGAGCUGAUCACUGUUGGGAGUCUUCAGGUUUCGAUGUAAAUGAAAGCCUGGGCGUUCGGCUACCCGCUUUUCUUAUUUGAUUUAAGAAAAUAGAACCGUGAGUUUGGUUUGAUUAAAUUACCACCUUUGCCAUGGAAAGGAGAACUUCUACAUUGGCCCUGCUUUGUGUGGUGUGGUCAGCUGUUGCUGGCAUUAAGGUUGACAUCCCCCAGGAUCAGUAUGAGUUCGCCAGAGGGGACAACAUCACACUGCCCUGCACAUUUCAAAGCGCUCUCAGCAAUCCAAUACUGGCCGUUGUCUCAUGGUCUAUUGGUGAAAAUGUGAUAAUCACCCACUAUCAUCCCAAUGGAGUCACAGACAUUAAACCAGAGUACGAGGGUCGGGUGUCUGUGGAUGCAAAUGUUAAUGGUGGUACUGGGAAAGCUGACCUUAAGCUGUCCUCCAUCACAACGGCAGACAACAAAAAAUAUGAGUGUCAAGUCCAGAACCCCAAGGAUAAUGUAGGCAAAGAUGCUGACACAACAACAUUGACUGUUCUAGUGGCUCCAUCUAAACCCAUCUGCAAGAUUGAGGGUACAGCAUCGUACGGCCAAAACGUCAGCCUCACCUGUGUUUCUGAGGAAGGGUCUCCUCCUCCAACAUACAAGUGGAACAGAUAUGAUGUCCAAAACAAUUCUGGUGCUUUCCCCCCCAAAACCACUGAAAAGGAAGGCACCCUGUUUCUGUACAACCUCACCAAAGAGACCUCCGGAUUCUACAUCUGCACCUCAGCCAACAAGAUUCGCUCAGCUUCCUGCAACCUGACAGUCACAGUCUUGCCACCAUCCAUGAUGAGCAUCGGUUCAAUCGCAGCAAUCAUUGGAGCAGGCGUCGCAGCUUUGAUCUUACUGAUCGUUAUCUAUUGCUGUUGCUGCCGAAAGAAGGAUGACGACAAGGAGAAUUAUGCCAUGGCACCAGUUGGUGACGAAGAGUCUGUUCGAAAUGGAGAGAGUCGCUCUGGUGAUGGAGAGAAGAGCAAACAUUUUGACGAUUCCAGUGCGAACAAAACAGCUAACCCACGUGAUGACUACGAGGAGAGGAGUGAACGCAACUACGACCGCCGAAGCGACUAUGAUGACCGCCGAAGCGACUAUGAUGACCGCCGAAGCGACUAUGAUGACCGGCGCAGCGACUAUAAUGACCGGCGCAGUGACUAUGACGACCGUCGUAGCGACUACAACGACCGGCGCAGCGACUACGAUGACCGUCGUAGUGACUAUAACGACCGGCGCAGCGACUACAAUGACCGUCGCAGCAAACCCAGUGACCGCAAUGAGCGCUAUGAUGAUGACCGCCACUAUGAUGAUGAGCGACGCUACAAUGAUCGCAGAGACCCCCGCUAUGAUGAUGACCGCAACAGACCAUAGAGAAACUGGUAUGCAAUGACUAGGGUAACCCAGUUAAUGUGUUUUAAAUCACCCAUUUGUUUAACAGUUAUAUAUGUUUUUGGGGUUUUUUAACCCAAAUGAACAAAUUAUUCCCCAUUGGAAUUUUUCCUAAGAUUUUAAAACAUGAUAUAGACGCUUUGGAUUGUUCAAUUAUCAAAUAUCGUACGGGAAGAGGAAAUGGACCAGAACAUCUUGUUGCAAAUUACAACGUGUUGUCCAGACUGUUUUGAAAUGUAGUUUUUAAAGAGGCAUUAUUGUGUAAAAUCAACUUUGUUUUAGCUUUA